GGGCGGAUUUUGGGGGUCCCGGGGCGGAUUUCGGGGUUCCCGGGGCGGAUUUUGGGGGUCCCGGGGGGCCAUGGCCGCCCCCGCCAGCGCGCAGAGCGCCAGCAAGACCUGGGAGCUGAGUCUGUACGAGCUGCACCGCACCCCGCAGGAGGCCAUCAUGGACGGGACCGAGAUCGCCGUGUCCCCGCGCUCGCUGCACUCGGAGCUCAUGUGCCCGAUCUGCCUGGACAUGCUCAAGAACACCAUGACCACCAAGGAGUGUCUGCACCGCUUCUGCUCCGACUGCAUUGUCACCGCCCUCAGGAGCGGGAACAAGGAGUGCCCCACCUGCAGGAAGAAGCUGGUCUCCAAGCGCUCCCUGCGCCCCGACCCCAAUUUCGACGCCCUCAUCUCCAAGAUUUACCCGAGCCGCGACGAGUACGAGGCGCACCAGGACCGCGUGCUGGCCAAGCUCAGCCGCCUCCACAACCAGCAGGCCCUGAGCUCCAGCAUCGAGGAGGGCCUCAAGAUGCAGGCCAUGCACAGGGCCCAGCGCGUGCGGAAGCCGGCGGCCGAGUCGGACCCGGCCGCGUUCAGCGGCGGCGAGGAGGGCCUGGAGGCUCUGGGGACGCCGCCGGAGCCGCCGGGGCCCAGCCGCAAACGCUCCCGCGCCUCCGACGACUCCGGGCCCGACGCCGAGGCCGAGGCGGCGCCGGAAGGGGCGGGGCCGGGCGGGGGCGGGGCCGCCCCGGGGGGGAGGGGCAGCCCGGAAGCGGAGGCGGAAGCGGGAAGCAGUGAGAUCGAGCUCGUCUUCCGGCCACACCCCCUGCUGGUGGAGAAGGGGGAGUACUCCCAGACACGGUUCGUUAAAACCACCUCCAACGCCACGGUGGAUCACCUGUCCAAGUACCUGGCGCUGCGCAUCGCCCUGGAGGAGGCCCCGCCCCCCGGGCCUGACCCCGCCCCCUCCCUCAGUGACGUCAGCGAGAAGCAGUACACCAUCUACACCACCACUUCCGGGGGCGCCUUCACGCCCCUGAACGGGUCCCUGACGCUGGAAUUGGUGAACGAGAAGUUCUGGAAGCUCAGCAAACCCCUGGAGCUCUACUACGCCCCCACCAAGGAGCAGAAAUAGGAAAAAGAUCCCAAAAUUCAAACUGGGGAGCCCAAAAUCCACCUUGGAGACCCCAAAAUUCACUUUGGAGACCCCAAAAUCCACCUUGGAGACCUCAAAAUCCAAACUGGGGACACCAAAAUCCAC